UUCAGACUGCGGCUUUGCUGCAAACUCCCCGCAGCUGCGUAAAGAAACCGUUUGUUCCAAUGAAGGCGAAGUGAGUGGGGCGCUGACUCAGUCCCUCCCCUCUACUUUCCCGGAGAGAGAGAGAGAGAGAGAGUGUGAGUGAGUGAGUGAGUGAGUGAGUGAGUGAGAGGGACCCUCGCCGUGUGCCUCGGGCGCGGAGGAUGCCCAGCGCUGCCUUCUGCAGGAUACGCACCGGUCCACCCAGCACACGUCCCGCCUGCCGCCGGCUCAAGGGCUGCGAUCUCGCCGGCAAUGGAUGGCUCGGAGCCGCCCAACGCCUUCAGGAGGUCCCGCAGUUUCCACUUUAAGAACUUAAGAACAUUCCUCAGCAAAAUGAGCAACCGAAGGGCAAUAGAGCAGGAAGCUAAGGAUGCAUGUGAUUGGCUGCGGGCAGCAGGAUUUCCUCAGUAUGCACAGCUCUAUGAAGACUCUCAGUUUCCCAUUGACAUCACAGCUGUCAAGAAGGAUCAUGAUUUUCUCGACAAGGAUUCUUUGAAAUCUGUGUGCAGACGGCUGAUGAUUCUGAAUAAAUAUACCUUUAUAAAGACUGAUGGCAACACUACCAGGAAAUUGGGUGAUGAUUCUGAUGAAGAUGUCUGUGCUAUUAGUGAUCGUUGGGCAUUUCAGCGAGAGAGCAGGAGAUGGUCUCGCCUGACAGCUGCUGACUUCCAGUUGAAUCGAGCGGAGGUCCUAAGCUCGAUAAUGAAGGAGUCGGCCAGCCGUGAGAGCGUUCUCUCGGAGCUCAGUGAUCCAGAAGCCAGCUCCGUGCACAGCAGCAGCAGUGUUGGGAGCAUUCAGGAAACGUUGGUGGGUCACAAUUCGAACAAUCAGCUGGCGACAAAGGAAGAUCCUGGGAGAGUCCUGGUGGCUAAUCCCCAAGCAGCAGAGCACUCUCACAACUGCACACUUGAUAACCAUGUUUCCACUGGAGAUCAAACCACUCCAGACUUCACAGAGAACCCCAGAAAACAGCGGACCAAGAGCUUUCUUAGACGGAUUGAAUCCCUUCGGUUUAAAACCCUUCGGAACAAAGCCAAAAUGGCUUCAAAGAACAAAGAGACAAAAAGUAUCAAAACAGUAUUACAGCAAUACCAUGAACCAUUACAGAGCUCCAGUCCUCUGAAAAGUGGGAGCCAGAGCCCCAAGAACUUGAUGAAUAACUUAUCUCAAUCUGGCAUUCCUUCACUGGCUGAUUGUGGAUGUACAGAACAUUCUUCAGGCAAAUCUAGGAGCCAUGGCUCUAAGCUUUGUGGACUGUACUUGGAAGACUAUGAAAUGGGCUUCAUGGCCUCCAAUCAUAAUAGAAGAGACAAUAUGUGUUCUCAAGAAGAUUAUGUUGUUCGUAUCCCAACAAAUCACAAAUUAGGAACCUUCCCCAAAGCCCUCUCCAUAGAAAGCUUGUGUCCAGGUGCUGAUAACCAUUUGGUAAAAUGGAGAUCAGGAAACAGCUCCUUUGGAAUGUCUACAUGUGGAAGCAGCAAUAAUUUUCAGCGACUGGGGUUUCAAGAACGAAGGGAUUCCUGUAGCUCUGUGGACAGCAGGCAGAGUUUUUAUGACAAUGUGCCUGAGACCCACCCGUACAAUAGCAUAGGUGGACCUGAGUACUACUUUGAACAACUAGAUGAUGUUUUGAAGCAUGUCAAUGGAUUACAGCAGAGAGUAGACAGUUGGUCAAAAAUGAUGUGCACUGAUUAUAAUGACACUGAGUCUGACUCUACUGGAGAAACUGUUUUUCCUUUGCAAGGUUUGAAUUUUGAAGACCGCUCAAUGUCUGAUGUGGGGACAACUGCAAGUGAUUUUGAUAGUACUGGGAAUUCACUAAAUGAAGCUGAAGAAAUGGAGAUGAGGGAUCGGAGAGAUUCUGGAGUAGGGGCUUCAUUAACCAGACCAAACAGGAAGCUGCGCUGGCACAGUUUCCAGAACUCUCACCGCCCCAGCCUGAAUUCUGCUUCAAUGGAAAUCAACAGACAGUCAGCAGCUCAGCUCAACCUCCUACAGCGAUUCUCCCUACUGCGAUUGACUGCCAUCAUGGAGAAAUAUGCUGUCCGCAACAAGCAGGGCUGGAACUGGGGUGUUCCCAAAUUCAUGAAAAGAAGCAAGGAACCAGAUUACCGAGGCAAAAAUGUAUUUGGUGUUCCGCCAAUAAUAAACGUCAAGAGGUCGGGGCAGCCGCUACCUCAAAGUAUUCAACAAGCCAUGCGCUACUUGCGUAGUCAGUGCAUGGGCCAGGUUGGUAUCUUCAGGAAGUCAGGUGUGAAAUCGCGAAUCCAGGUCCUCAGGCAGAUGAAUGAAAACAAUCCUGACAAUGUUAAUUAUCAGGGUCAAUCAGCAUUUGAUGUAGCAGACUUGUUAAAGCAAUAUUUCCGAGACCUUCCAGAACCUAUCUUCACCAGCAAACUGACAGAAACCUUUCUACAGAUCUAUCAGUAUGUGCCAAUGGAUCAACGUCUCCAAGCCGUUCAGGCUGCCAUUGUGCUGAUGCCAGAUGAGAACCGUGAGGUUCUUCAGUCAUUGUUGUACUUCCUAAGCGACAUUGCAUCUGUACAGCAAAACCAGAUGACCGCUGGAAACCUGGCUGUGUGCCUUGCACCAUCACUGUUCCACCUCAAUGUGCUGAAGAAAGAAACUUCCUCACCAAGGAUGAUCCGAAGGAGAGGUGUUCUAAGUAAGCCUGAUCAGAGGGACCUCAGCGAGAAUCUGGCAGCAACCAAGGGAUUGGGUCAUAUGAUCACAGAGUGCAAGAAACUUUUCCAGAUCCCCCACGAUAUAAUGGUGCAGUCUCGGAACUCCUAUAUUGCAGCUGAUGCUCACCCUUUGCCCAUGGAGGGCUUCAGGAGACAUGCUGGAGGCAUGGUCAAGGACUAUGUGGCCCACAUGGAGGACAUAAUCCAGGCUCUACUAAAAGAGGCGGGAGAGAAGUUUAAAGGCUGGACCAACACCGUAGGACCUGUGAACACAGAGCUUUCUUACAAAAAGGUUGGUGAUGGAUAUCCCAUUCGAUUGUGGAAGGUAACAACUGAAAUAGAAGCACCCCCAAACUCAGUGUUAAACCGUCUGCUCCGAGAACGACAUCUCUGGGAUGAUGAUGUGUUGAUGGGAAAAAUCGUGGAACAUUUGGACAAAAAUACUGAUGUCUGCCAUUAUGUUCUGGACAGCAUGGCACCACAUCCCAGGAGAGACUUUGUUGUUCUGAGGACCUGGCGAGCUGAUUUGCCAAAGGACUUGUGCAUUCUGGUAGCAGUCUCCGUUGAGCAUGACUCAGUGCACUUGGAGGGAGGUGUAAGAGCAGUAGUACUGAACUCGCAGUACCUGGUUGAGCCUUGUGGUUCAGGUAGAUCCCGGCUCACAUACAUCUCCCGAAGUGACCUAAGAGGCAGGACUCCUGAAUGGUACAACAAGGUCUCAGGAUACCUUUGUGCUGUAGAGGUUGCUAGGAUACGGGACUCCUUUCUGCCAUCAAAUCCAUAAGGAUUAAAGAUCAAAAUCUGAAAUGAACUGACACCUCAGACGGAAGAAAGAUGUUUUAUUUGAGUGUGCAUUGUGGCAGCUGUCAUUGAAUGGUGAUUGGUCUUCUCCCUAUACCAGCUAGACAAGUUGUAACACAGGUUCAGAAGAAGGUGACCCCCAACCCAUUUCCUACUAUAAUUUCCAACUGUUUAUUUCAGAUAUUGAGUAUUCUAGCUCCAACCACCAUCUUUGAAAUCCUCCUUGACCUUUUAAUGAUUAUAGUAUAAACCUACCGUGAUAGUUUUUGUGAUAAAGUUGGGAUGGUGACAUCCCUGGAAGAAGAGAGUGUUUUUCUGUGCAGUGUCUUGGUUUAAUUUUGUUGUUUCUUCCUGUGGCUGUGACUCCCCCUAACUGCUGACAAUUCUUGCACCCAUCCAUUUGGGACAAAGAAGACAAGCAUCUUAAUGUGAACUCAAAGUUGUUCUAACUUUAUUAUCAGACUUGGUUUGGUAUGAAUUGUUGUAAAUCUGCCAACAGUGAUAUAGCUUGCAACAUAUUCGGCUGAUAAAAAAUAUAAAUGAAAGGAAAUGGCUUGAAAUGGAGUUGAGGCUGUCAAACAAUGGAAAAAAGGAAGUGCAAGGGGGAUAUAGAAUUGAAUGUCCAGGAUUUUUUUUUACUGUGUAUGUGGGGAAAUGUUGGCUAGAGUCUGAUGUGGCCGAUGUGAAAAGUUGCUUAACUGAAGUGGAGUAAUGUGUUUAGAGCAUUUACUGUGGACAUAUAUCAGUUGAAGUGACACAAGCUGUUCUCUGUAGUAAAUCUGGCUGUUUAAACUAUUUGAGGUUAUUUUUAACCUCAAGAUUAUAUAAGAUUUUACCAUUUCUAUGGAAUGCUGCACUAAUAUUUUAUCUUAACCUUUCCAGUCAUAGGGGACCUUAACAUAGGGUAUCAGGUUUAGUACUUCUUGUGUACUUCUAAAUGCACAAAAUAUGUUCAUGUAUUUGUCUCCCUUUUCCUGUUCUUUCUAUACAUUGAUUAUACUAUUACUCUGUAUGGAACAGUCAAAUGAAACUCUAGGCCCUUGCAGUUCUGAAGCCAAACACUAAGGAAAAUGCAAAGUCCGCUUUCCUCUUGGGUCUCUGCAUAGACCCACCCUCCACCUCCACCUCCAUCCUACUAGAUGGAGGUAAAUAGCUUAUCUAAGCCUUUUGAUUACCUGAAACUAUUGGAGCCUUCAUUCUCCAAUGAAAAUAGAAGAUUCUUUAGAACUUUUCCUCAGGACUUGAAAUCGUCCUGAUCCCUCUGCUUUUGGAUGCCUUCCAUAAUGGAAGAGCAUUGGUAGAACUUUGUUGACAUUUCAUUACAUCUUACUACUUUGUCAUUUUAGUUACCUUUGACAGUUUCUGUUUAUUUCAGCUAAUCUUGAGUGGACUAACCCACCCCAUAUCUUAAUGCAGGCCACAGUGUUGUGUUUUUGUGGUAUCACAAUCCCAAUAGCAAAAUACAGUGACAUUUUUCUGUUGCCACUACUUAUCCUAUUCCAGAUAUUUAUUUUGCUGUUUUGUUUUAAAUUUCAUUAUGACUGCAGGAGUGGAAUUUUGAAGUGGAUUUCUAAUCCUACCAUUCCAAACACCCUGUAAAUACUUCAAGUUAUUUUUACCACUGAUUAGUUCAGUGUUGUAAAUAGUUAGUUCCAUGUUUCUCUGGCCUGGCUGUGACAACACCUCAAGCAGGAGGGUGAUUCCUAUGUGAACCCUGAAAGGUCCGAUCUUUUGCAAUAAAUAUUUUAAUGCUACCUUUUUUUGAGGACUAGAAGAGAUUUGCUACUUGAGAGCUUGAAGAGCUUCUCAUCUGCAUUUCAAUUGUCAGAUAAUGAAGAAAAUAUGCUCCCUCCCCACCCCAAUGAAAUUUUAUUUCUCUCGCAUUGCCUACACAUUUAAUUUUCAUAUUUCUUUCACAAAUCAAUUACUGAGGCAUUUUUCCUUGGCUUAACCCAAUAAUCAAGCUAAUGUAGGACUGAGACACAGUCCUUAGAGACAGUGAAUUUGAAAUGUUUGUCUUUUUGUGAUGGGCAUAAAUUAAAAUUCAUUUGUAGAAGACUUGAGAGCAGAGAUUGAGGACACAUAAUGGACUCCUGUUAAUUCCACCAUCUUUGAGUAUCAUUUGCCCUUGCUUUCAUUGUAUUAACAGCUUUGCACUGGUUUGAGACGGAGCAACUCUUGUUGCUUGGCUAUGAACCUGCUGAGCCGAGAUCACUUUCAAUGAGGCGGCAAUAACAAAACAUUAUAAUUACUCUCUGUGAUUGCCCCUCUGGUUCUUUCAGCACCUGGAAAUUUUACUUUCAGUUCAAUUCAAUUAAACCAAGAGUCAUCCAGCUGUUCAGAGCCAAAAUAGUUUGUCAAGUUAAUUGAGACUGUGGACUUGCCCCUCACUUCAAGUGCAUGUGCUCCAGGUUCAAAUCCUUGGCUUGGCCCUCGGGUUACAAAAUGACAAGAAGCGUGAGCUUGACUGAUAGAUCUUUAUUGCAGUUCACAAAUUUAUUUGUUCUUAACUUGCAUCUAAGAGCCAGAAGAUGAUCAAAAAGACCUCAGGAAAGAUAAGUUGAACUUUUAAGUACAAUGAAGAUAAAUUAAUUGGUUCAAAGUAAAAGAGAGGCCAACUAUUUAAAGGAGGCUCAAAGGGGGAAGAUGGGUGUGUAAGUUUACAAUCCCAGAAUAUUAGAUAUGCAACAGCCACAAGAGCUAUUUCUACGAAUGAGAAACUGUGAUAACAUAAAAAAAUUUACUUUUAGCCUCCUGAUAAGGUCUGAACCUCCUCUCAAGGUAAAUGUCUUCAUCCUGUGAAUAGGCAUUUAAGUUUGCAUUAAACAAAUGUGAAGUAACAUAGCAACGAAUUUCAAAAUGCUAUAAUUGUGGAAAUGUCAGGCAAAGGAAGGCAGCUAUCAAAGAAGUAUGGUAAGAUGUUCUGGAGUUUUGAUUGAAUGAUUUUAGAAACUAUUUAUGCAGAUCACUUUGAGUGAUCAUGUGCCUGGCAUACAUAGUUCAUGAUAUGUUGGGUCUCCCAAUGGCUUUUUUCAGCCCCAGCCCUUUUUUGAACUCUGAAGUUACCAACCACUCCUCAUAAAAUGAAGAAAUGCAAAGGGCAUUAUGUAAAAAGGACAUUGGCAAGUUGUUUUUUAUUUUGCUGGCAUUCCAUGACUGAACUGUACAGAACUGUGCUCUCAGCAGAGAGCUGGGAUAGUGUAGUGAGAAGUCACAAGUGCGGUUUCCGUGAUAUUUUGUUUAUUGCAGUUAACAGAUGGAAACAAUGCAGAGAGCGCCCACAGUUUGCGUAAUACCAGCAUUAUUAUGACAGUAUUUGUAUUCUCAUCUAGGGAAGGAGAUGGACAUAAGGAAUGCUUUUGCUGAGAGUUCAUGUAUGUUCUGCUUAUAGAUAUUGAAGAUAGUGGAGUAUUGUAUUGGUGAGAAGUGUGUAUGAGAGAGUAUUCAGGGAAUGGAAUGUCUGUAAGAACUUAUAAUGGCACAGAUUCUAUUUAAUAUUGAGAAUACGUCUGAUCUCAGGUAUUUAAACAUAUGAGUUUUGUUGCCAACUGUACAUAUGUUGUAUUCCUGCAAAAUAUGUGCAUCCAAUGAGAAAUAUUUGUAUGGGAAGUUUUUUUAUAUUGUCAUAUAUUAAAAAUAUAUUUUUUCUCAACAAUCUGCUCAGAAAUGUACAUAUCAUUUUAAUAAAUCUUGCU